AUGGCGAAGCUGUCACCAGAACAAAUAAAUGUACUCUCUGUUCGGGCUUAUUAUGACAACAAAACGUUUACCAACACAACAGAAAUGACCAACUUGCUGAAAUACGAGAGUCAACAUUUUCGAUGUAAAGUUCAACUGGAAAUAAGUGAGUGCAUUGCGGAUCGGUGUUGGAGUGUUGGGCUCGUACAAGCCUGUGACCGAAUGUAUUUGGAGAAUCGAUACGGACACAGUGGUAGUUCAUUUUGGGAGUUCCAUCCCCUUAAAAGUGGUCGACAUAAGAUGGUUAAUGAUAGUGAUGGUCGUCAAUAUCCAUUCUACAGUCUAACAAGCAGCAAGUUUGAAAUACGUCGAGGCGUUGUCUCGGACAGCUUAGUAUCGCUCACUUAUGAAGAUCAUUUCUAUCCGACAGUGGCUUGGGAACUACCUUAUUAUGGCGGUGCAAAACUAACCGACGUUAUCCGGAAACAAGACUUCUGGGUUUGGUUGGUUGCAAUCAAACGUUCUGGAAGUCGUUCAGCAUCAUGCGAUGUAUUCAACGCCAAACAUGACGAAGUUUAUAUCCUGAAAACUAUGCGAUGGCGAUAUGGUCUGCAUAUGACAUUCGAUCCACACCAACCAAUUGGUAAGCGACUGCAAAGGAUCUACGACGUCCAAGAAGAACAACCGGUUAUCCUGGAAAGUAAUCGCCCACUACCUCUGUCAGCACUUAGUCCUCCGCACUGUAACGCAGCCCAAUCCCUAAUAUGGUAUCCGAACAACCCAACAGACAAACCGAAGCUGCUUGUGCCUCCGAAACAAAUCAUUGUUCCGUGGGAAACCUGGACCAAUGAUAUGGCUCCGGGGCGUGCUCUGAGCGUGAAGAAGCCAGAUCAGUGCAAACUGGUCGGGGAAUGGGCCCACGAUACGGAAAUCGGCAUUGAUGUGAGCCCGGUGAAAAAAUCCGGUGCCAGUCAUGUAUGGAAACCUGCACCACCGUCGUUAGACGCUACUACGCUAUCAACCACGAGGUCUGCACGAACACCUAGCCGUCCGCGAGGC